ACAAGAAAUUCAUAAUGCCAUCAUUAAGGAUCUGCUCAUUGGCUGCACUUUACCUCUGUCAAUUGUUGAAAAUCAGCAUUUCAGGCAUUUCUUGAAAGUAAUGGACAACAGAUACACUCCCAUUGCAAGAAAAACAAUCACUGAAAAACACAUUCCUUUGUUGGUUGACCAGGUGAAGGAUUCAAUUAAAAGGAAGCUCCAGACCCAAUCAUCUGUGUCCAUAACUGCUGACAUAUGGUCUGAUCGAACCAUGCGGUCCUUCUUCGGUGUUACAGCCCAUGGAUUAAACCAAGAUGGAAAUCAGCUGGAGUCCUUUCUUUUAGACUGUAGGAGGUUUUGUGGCAGACACAGUGGAGACAACAUAGCCAUGGCAUUUGACGAGAUCAUUGAUGAAUAUAACAUUGAAAGUAAAGUCAGGUACAUUAUAACUGAUAAUGCAGCCAAUAUGAAGUGUGCAUUCAAAGUCAAGCUACCACAAGAAGAGCAGCACAGUGAUGACAGUGAUGCAGAAGAGGAAAACUUAGAUGAUGAGAGUCUUUGGGAGGAUGUGACCUGGGAAGACGAGACUGUCAUGGUGAGAACAAGACAAAGGCUGUCAUGUUUUGCACAUUCUCUGCAAUUAAUUGUGCAUGAUGGAAUGAAAGAAGCCAAGGCCUUUUCUUCAGCACUUGCCAAAAUGUCAAAAUUAACCUCAUUACUUCAUACAAGUACUACGUUUAAAGAGCGAUUUGAGGCUACAUUUGGGACAGAUAGAUCAAUUCCUGCAGCUACAUCCACACGCUGGAACAGUACAUUCAAGCAGCUACAGGCCCUUACAGCACUUGACCAUAGGGAUCUCACUCAAAUUUGCAGUUCAGACUUCCAACAUGUUCUUUUUUCAAUUCGUGAAUGGAAUCAACUGAAGGAUUUAGGUUCUGUUCUCUAUCCUUUUGCAGAAGCAACAGACCUUACAGAGGGUGAGAAAAUGGUCACUAUUAGUAUGGUGGUCCCCACUGUACUUGAUUUAAACACUCAUCUGCUCCAAAUAUCAGAGUCAAGAAGUCAUUGCCGGCCACUAGCCACAGCCCUUCGGCAAUCACUUUUAAAGAGAUUCUCUGGGAUCUUUGUGAGAACCAAAAUGGUUGAGCAAAAUGGGAAAGAGGACCAGUUCAACAAUAAUGUAUAUUUCUUGGCUACAAUGCUUGAUCCUCAGUUUGGUCUUAACUGGGUUGAUCUAGAUGUAACCAACAGUGAGAGUCCAGAUUCAGUGAAGAAAUUCAGAGAGGAUCUGAAAAGAACACUUAUAGAAACUUUGACUGCAGAAGUUGAGGGCGAGGCCACAGCAGAUGGAGACAUGCUGCAUUCUGGAGUUGAUGCUGAUGAAACCACAGAUUCUCCUCCUGGCAAAUGCCCACGACUUCUAGCUCGCUAUCGAGCCCACAAGCACCUGAGCCACUCAGCUAAGGAUACAUGCAGCAUUUCAGCUCAGAUACACAAGUACUUUGAUGCCAUUCAAGACACAGACACAAAUACAGCACUUGAAUUUUGGUUGACAAACAGGGAGAGAUUCCCACAGCUCUACUCUCUGGUUGUAAAAGUGCUGUCUAUACCAGCAUCCUCUGCACCAGUAGAGCGUGUCUUUAGCAAAGGUGGCCUCAUCGUGAGACCACAUCGUGCACGCUUAACACAUAAAAUGGUCACAGCGCUUGUAUUUCUGAAAAGCAAUAUGGCCCUGGUUUAGUGCUUGACUGUGUGCACUAUAGUACAUUGCAUGUUCAUUGUUCAUUACAACUCAUUUUACAAGACCAGAGAGCGGUGUUCAGAAAGGAGUUUGUUGUUGAUUAAGCACAGUAAUAAAGCUUUUUUAUUUGUUA